GCGGAGGAGGCGGUGCCAUUGCGAAGCCCGCGCCUCGUCUGCGCCCUCACCGCCCCGCCCGCCUGCAGUCCCGGCCGCGGCUGGGCGGUGCCUGCGGAGCCUCCCUCGCCGGGCCCAGUUGGCCCGAACAGCGCUGAGACCCGGACAGCGGCAGCGCGGAGAGGAGGCGGCGGCGGGCCGGGAGGCCAGAGCCUGUCCAUUGUCCCGCCAUGGAGACCCGCUACAACCUGAAGAGUCCGGCUGUCAAACGUUUAAUGAAAGAAGCAGCAGAACUGAAAGAUCCAACAGAUCAUUACCAUGCACAGCCUUUAGAGGAUAACCUUUUUGAAUGGCACUUCACAGUUAGAGGUCCCCCAGAUUCUGAUUUUGAUGGAGGAGUUUAUCAUGGACGAAUAGUACUGCCCCCAGAGUAUCCCAUGAAGCCACCAAGCAUUAUUCUCCUAACGGCUAAUGGACGAUUUGAAGUAGGCAAGAAAAUCUGUUUGAGCAUCUCAGGACAUCAUCCUGAAACUUGGCAACCUUCAUGGAGUAUAAGAACAGCAUUAUUAGCCAUCAUUGGCUUUAUGCCAACAAAAGGAGAAGGAGCCAUAGGAUCUCUAGAUUACACACCUGAGGAAAGAAGAGCACUUGCCAAAAAAUCACAAGAUUUCUGUUGUGAGGGAUGUGGCUCCACCAUGAAGGAUGUCCUGUUGCCUUUAAAAUCUGGAAGUGAUUCAAGCCAGGCUGACCAAGAAGCCAAGGAAUUGGCUAGACAAAUCAGUUUUAAGGCAGAAGUUAAUUCAUCUGGAAAGACUAUUGCUGAGUCAGACCUUAACCACUCUUUUUCACUAAAUGAUUUACAAGAUGAUAUACCUACAACAUUCCAGGGUGCUACAACCAGUACGUCGUAUGGAGUCCAGAACCCCUCAGCAGUGUCCCUUCAGCAACCCACCCAACCUGUAGCUAAGAAUACCUCCAUGAGCCCUCGACAGCGCCGGGCCCAGCAGCAGAGUCAAAGAAGAUCGUCCACUUCACCAGAUGUAAUCCAGGGCCAGCAGCCACGAGACAACCACACUGAUCAUGGCGGAUCGGCUGUACUGAUUGUCAUCCUGACUUUGGCAUUGGCUGCUCUUAUAUUCCGACGAAUAUACCUGGCCAAUGAGUACAUAUUUGACUUUGAGUUAUAACAUUAUUUUGAGUCUUAAGAACUGUGACUCUAGUGCUUCAUUAAACAUUCUGCAUUGGGUAUAAUCUAAGAAUUGUUUACAAAAAUUAUUUUGUAUUUGCCCUUCAUUCCUUUUUUGAUCUUUAAAUAUAGGUAGCCAUUCACACUGUACCCAGCAGUGUGUCCUGCUUAGUUUAAGGGAAUAGAAAUAAGAAGUCCCUGCCCAUGAUUUGACCUGCUUUACAGGGAAAUAACGUGUUAGUUUCUCGUGCCUCAGCUUCUUUUUAUGUAACCUUACGAUACUUUUCUGUAUAGCCCUUUGAAAUCUUUUAUAAAAGAUGGUGUUUUAAGUUUCAACGAGUAUUACUAGUUACUCAAUACCAUUUAUUGAGUACUCUGUUUCUACUUAUGUAGAAUAAUAUAGGGAUAGAAGAGUUGAAAAGGGAAAGCAAAACUCAAGUAAAUUCCUUAAAAUCUCAUUCAUGGGAGACUCACUGGAAUUGCUCAUUCUAUGACUCUAUUUUUGCGUCCUAAACAUUCUUCAGUCACACAUUUAGGAGGAAAUCACGUCACAUCUUUGUUACUGGAGUUACUUGAAGAGAGUAAUAGUUUUUAACCACUUUGAUAUACUAUUUUCCCCUCCCCCAGUAUGCACACACAAUUUAAAAAGAAAGAAAUAAAAGAAUCCUCCACAGAUGUUUGGUUUUAAAGAAGGAAAGGUCCAAGCCAGGAAAUUGCUUGAUUUUAUUCCAGAAGUUAAAUGGGAUGAUCUUAAGAUUAGAAUGUUUUCACUGCUUUGAAUUGUUGUAUAUCUUUUGACAUGUAUUAUAUGCCUAAUCUUAUAAUUACUAUAAAUUUUAAUUAUUCCAGGAAUAUGCAUAAUGUUGAAAUAGUUCAUGUACUAUUUUAAUAUAAAAGCUCAGGGCCCAAGUAACAGUGAUAGGAACUAGAAAAACCUUUACUUAGAAUUGUCCAUCUAAUCAAAGCCCAGGAAAUAAUUUUAAGUGCAAAAUCAAUGUAUAACUUAUGGCUAGCUAGCUCCACAGACUCUAGUAGGUAACUUUAUCAUCAUAAUACCCCAUGAAAACAUAAUCACAGACAAAUAUUGUGUUCAGCAUGUUCAGUACCAGCAUCGAGGAUACUCUUGAGGGUACUGCUAAUGAAGAUUUAAUUUUUAAAUGCAGGCAAUACCCCAGCUUUCAAAUAGGUUAAUUUUUUUUUUUUAACAACUCAAACAAUAUUGUAAAUGAUGUGUAGGUUCUAGACCAGUCCACAAAUGUUAACCCAUAAUGUAUCUUGAAUACUUUGAGGGGAAGGUCCUCAUAAAGUCCUUGUGUAGUUUUAACUAUCUAAAAUUAUAGGCAAGAUAGAAACAAUUUGUAAAAUGGCUUUAAAGACAAAUUAAAGUUUACUGCUGUUAUGGGACUUUGGUUCUGUUAGUCAUCAGAGACAAUUUCUGUUUUCAUCUGAUUGCCAGUUUUCCUUUAUGUUACAACUAAAAUUGGUAAAGUCUAAAAUGCUGAAGGACUUUAUGAAUGCCUCAUAUGCCAGGAAAAUUACAGGUUACUGUUUUAUAACUUUAUUGCCAUGAGAAAAUGCAUUCUGAAGUCAUGGUUUGGAACACAAGAUAUUAAAAAUAAUGGUUCAGUGGUCUCCUAGCAAGAGAUCACUGAGCCAACUGGGAAGACCGGAUAGUUUUAUCAUCAUCUAAGAAGAAAGAAAUCCCCACACCCCAACCUUUGCUAAGAUUAAUCGUGUGUUUGGAACAGUGUUCCCUCUCCAAGAUGAAGCUUCUAUUUCCUCUCUAACUUGAGCCAGCUUCUGGUUCUAUGUAAUCUUAAAUUGCAUGUUUCCAAGGGGUGUACCUAUACUUUAAAAUUCAUUAAGCCAAGAAAAGUUUGCAUUGUACAGAUCCUUCCCUAUAUGAUUUGACUCUACCUUUACCCCUCAUGUUACAGGCCAUCUUCUUGUUUGUGUCGGGAUUUUUUUUUUUAGUACCUGAUACACAUACUUGAAAGUGGCACAUUUUGCUCCUUCCCUUUCACCUCACAUAUACUCCCUUAAAAUCCUGUGCAAUCAGAUCCCCACUGUAGAGUUAAUGAGCAAAAUUGAUCUUUAGGGCCAUUCUUACUCAAAUCCCACCUUGAAAGGACUCCCACAAAACUGUUAUUUUUAAAGUCCCAUUUUAGCCCCUUAAUUCCAGCAUAAGGCCCAGACUGGAUAUAUGAUCUGGUAGGUAAAGGCUUAGGAUUCCCUGUUCCCCCAGUCCUCAAAUUUAGGUGACUCACAGCUUUUUCUUUGACUAGUAUAGCACAUAACUACGUAGCAAGGUAGUUAAAAUAGCAUGUUUGAAAAAAAUACAUAAAUAUCUGUUUUACCUGUAACUGUUUAAGCCAAUGAAUCUUUCAUGUAAUGUGGGGCUUUUAUGUAGCACUUUACAUUUUCAUGCUGCUUAUUGUUUUAUUCUACUGAAAUAAAAGAAUUUCAUCAGGAUACUCAACUAA